AUGCCCCACUAUCUGAUGUCUCCAGUCAACUUGCAAAAUCUGCCUAUCGAGAUUACAUGCCACAUUUUUAGCUGUUUGGAAAUGCAUGAUCUUCUUGCAUGCUCUCAGGUCACGAAACACCUUCGAAGGAUUAUUGCAAACUCCUCUCAGCUACAAUAUGCAAUCGAGCUGGGAAGAUACCGUAUGGUACCAUUGCUUCCGGCCUCUGUUGGACCCUCCUUUUCCACCCGUUUAAGCUUGCUUAGGGAUCGCGAAAGAGCUUGGAAAUAUAUGAACUGGAAGAAAAAAUAUACAUUGAAGCUUCCACCCACUGGAUCUAUCUACGAGUUUGUAGGAGGGUUGUAUGGGAACGGAAGAGAGGAUGACAGUCGGACGACGGCGUCCAUAUCUUUCCUGGAGCUUCCAACUGCAGACAUCACAGGAAUGAAUAAAUCACCGGACGAACUGCAAAUGUGGACACAUCCAAUGGGAGAUAUAACUAUUGUCGACUUUACAAUGGACCCUUCUCAGGACCUCCUCGUCCUUGUGGCACUAGCACCUUCAGAAUCAAAGUAUCUCUAUGAACUCCACCUACGCUCAAUAAAAACCAAUCAACCUCAUCCUAAAGCUCCGGUUUCCGUUUUAUCAUGUUUACGCAAACCCUCUACUCAUACUCAAACAUCCGACGUCAUCGCCGCCGUCCGCGUACAAGUCGCGGGGAACCUACUUGCCCUUUUGAUUAAAGAGUCUUUUGAGGGCGAUAGUGCACACCUGGAGAUAUGGGAUUGGGAGAGCAAUCCUCAUUAUUCAUGUUCCAUGGGUCGGUCAGAUGGGAUCGACGACUUCACUUUUUUAACCCGUGAUUCAUUUCUCCUUGUCCUACCGCCCGGUCAAUUUGAAGUAUACACCUUCAGACAUAACUCAUCAAGUACCACGAGCCCUAUCUUGCGCGCAGCAUACCUAUUUCCGCCCUUGUCCGAAGGAUAUAUGUAUUGGUAUAUCUCCAUGAGCAGCAAUCCCGCUCCUGGUUACGUACCGUAUAGCCCAUCCGAUACACCCAGCAAGUCGACCAUACCAGGUCACGGAAAACAGAUAUAUUACCCUCGUCCCGACGAACGCAUACAUGCCUGCUGCCUUUAUAUUUUCAACCCAUCGAGAGAAGAAGCGCAUCAAGUUCAUUCUUUCGUGUUUUUCGUGAACUUGCGGAUGUUCAUCGAUCAACUCCCUGCUUUGGCCAAAAUACCUACCCCUCCUCGGUUAUUUCCCCGUUAUCCAUCACCUGUGGCAACAGCAAAGCGGCCUGCAGAUACAUUGAACGGUGUUGGCAGUGAACCCAGUGUUAGAAGUCCUGGUUCAAGUACGGCUGCCAACGGACCAUCCUCUCCCAGAUCAGACCCGACAACAGAGGGAAUGGACGAUGAACUAAUGCGUCAAUCACUGUUUCUCUCUCUUAGCUCGCGACUCCCUACGCCUAUUGAUAGCUCUCAUAUACCGCAAUACCCACCGUUCCCAAAGUUUGACCCUCUCAAUGCAUGGCCUAGUACCCCGUCUUCCAAAAGCUCCGACCGUACGCAACCACCACUACCACCUGCAAUUCGCUACGAAACUCGUCGGUCCGGCUCACCUGAUGCGUCACCUACAACAGUGGCAAUUUUUCCAUGGGAAACUUGGGGGCCGCACGGCACGCGUUGGUUCGAGGAAUGCAUAAGCACCGAUUGGCAGCAUGCUGUUUACGGCCUUCGAACAGUAGAAAGCAUUGAUCCUGAAAAGAACUCACAGCAGACGAGAAUAUCGCUCGUGUCAGCUAACAAUUACGUAUCUGUGGCGACACAAACUACGCCGACGUUGUCUGCGUCAUCUAGUGCCAGUUCAAGCCCAAAUUCGCAUCAUAGUCACGCUAUGCAAAGUGGGGUGUCGAAUGGCACGACUAGUCUUCAACAUCAGAAUAACGUUGAUUCUCCUGAGGGGGGCCAGCCAAAAGAAAAACUGAAAUACUUGCGGAUACGCGACUUCAAUCCCUAUUCCUUUCCCAAGGCAGCGGAUCCCAUGACUUUCCGAGUUACUGAUGGGAAAGGGAAACAGAAAGCAGAAGAGAAGACACGCUGGCGAGUUCCUCGUCUUGUAGUCGAACCCUCAACCACUCCUGUAAAAGGGGUGUUCAAGCAAGACAUAGUCAGCUCGCUACCAUACAUGGAGGUGGUAAGCGAAGAGGCAUUUGAGGUGACGGAUGUUAUGAUGGAUGACUGUAGAUUGCUCUUGUUGAAGCGUGGCGACGCCGGGAAACUCAAAAAAGUGGAUGUCUUGAUGAUGUAA